UAAUUAAGUGAUUGAUUUUACCUGUACAGGUAAACAUAUACAUUUCGUGUGUAUACCGUAUGGCACGUUUAUUUUAACAGUAACGAUGUGAGAGAACCAGAAGUGGGGGCGACAUUUCCUACAGUGCUACACCAAAACAAUGUCAGUGUGAUCACUAUGUCAUGUACAGAUACAUCAGAGUUGUGCUGAUAUUAUUUGGAAUAAGCUUAACGGCUUUGUUCAUACAACACCAUGUUGAAUUAAGUACUAGUGAGUUCCGGUCAGAACAGACAAGUAAAGACGUGUAUUACCCGCCAAACUCUCGCUUCAGAGGGUUGCAGACGACCAGACAAGAAUUUCAAGAGUAUUUCAUAAAUGUCCGGCUUAGCGAUGAUAUACCUGUCAAUAGGGAUAUACCCGACUCAAGACCUGACAGCUGCAGAAACCCUGGAGCAAGCCAGCUAACAGUCAGUAUAAUCAUAACGUUCUACAGAGAAUGGCCGUCGAUAUUACUCCGAACUGUCUACAGUGUGGUCUACAGAACUCAGAAUCUACAACAAAUUAUACUGGUUGAUGACGGCAAUGACGAAACAGGCUAUAGAGAUAUAUUGAAUCACAUUAGGAAAACAUUCCGUGAUGUCGUAAAGGUUGUUUCACUGCAUAGAAGGUUUGGUUUGAUUGGUGCCCGACUAGAAGGUGUUAAACAUGUGACUGGUCACGUGAUUUGUUUUCUGGACAGUCACAUGGAAGUUAACAUAAACUGGUCAAUUCCACUACUAAAUAUAAUAGACGAGAACCCAAAUGCAGUUGCUAUGAGUCAGUUGGAUGACAUUAAUCCGAAUACAUUCAAAUACACAUUUUCAAAAACGUACAGAACAAGAUAUGGCUUUGAUUGGAGACUUCGAUUCUUUGAAACAGAAUUCCGACAGGAACAGCUUAAGCAUGGAGAUUUGGUGCUUCCAGGAGUUUUAGCUGUUGGGUCAGCCUUUGCUAUUCGGAAGGAAUUCUUUAGAGAAAUCGGAAUGUAUGAUGCUGGAUUGAAGGUCUGGGGCGGUGAAAACUUGGAAUUGUCAUUCAAGGUGUGGUUAUGUGGAGGCAAAUUGGUUCAUGUUACAUGUUCACGGAUUGGUCACAUAACAAGGAGCCAACCUUACUUACAGAACAACAGAUUGGAUAUUGAAAUGCAUAAUUACAAACGUGUUGCCGACGUUUGGAUGGAUAACUUUGCAUCAUACGUUUAUGAUAAUUAUCCAAGAAUGAAGAGUUUAUCAGUCGGUGGGCUAAGUAAGCAGUGGAGACAACGAAGACGCUGUAAACCUUUCUCUUGGUUUUUGGACAAUAUUUGGCCUGAACUAUUUCAAUAUAAAGAUAAUAGUUCAUCUAUUGGAACUUUCAUGAGUACGAAUGGAGCUGGAUUAUGCAUAGACAAUCAAGGUCACCUUUUCUCUAGUCCAUUAAGAAUAACAGUAAAGUCAUGUUCUAAUGAUACAAAGACACAGUUUUUUGGAUUGACCACAGAUGGCCGAUUAAGAACUAACCUACAAUGUGUGUUUGUAAAGAAUGAAGUGUUUGACCUAGUUCCAUAUAUACAGAAUUGUUAUGAACAACCACAAGAUACAUUUAACUAUACUAAGAAUGGCGAAAUAAUACAUACACGUACAGGAUACUGUCUAACAUUACAUGGUUAUAAUAUAGGCUUUGAAAUGUGCAGGAAGGACAAUCAUCAAAUGUGGUCAUAUAGAACACUACUGAAGACUCAAAAAUGACCUAAUCUGAUUGAAAAAUAAAAACAGUCUUGAAUUUAUAUACAAACUACAUCUGAAAUCAACUUGAAAUGAAUUUUCUAUUGGAAUUCACUUAAAAAAAAUGCACACAGAAUUUUAUAAAAUUAUCUUUUUCUUAAA